AUGAAAUGUCCAAAAGCUCCAUUGGUCACUACGGUUGUGUUAUCCGGAGAACAAGCUGACUUGAUUUCUCAAGUUCUGGAUGCACUUGGUGUGUGUCUGGACUAUGCUGAUGAAAUUAAUGUAGCCGUCACUGUAGCUGAAGGUAAUGCAGCAGCUAACCUUGUUGCAGCAGCUGAAGUUGCUCCUGUUGACGUUGAUGAAGUUGUAGCGGGUGCAGUUGAUGAAGUUGCUCCUGUUGACGUUGAUGAUGUUGCUCCUACUGACAAUGAUGAAGUUGCAGCUGGUGCCGAUGAUAAAGUUACAGCUUAA